AUGCUACUAGUCGACAGAAUUCAUUGCAUACCAAAGCCACGACAUUUACCUGACUCCACGCCGAGAGACAUCUUGCUCGGCGUGCAUUAUUUCCACAGAAAGGAACACAUUCAACGAGCCAGUAGAAAUAAGGUGAAGCCGCACGGAGAUUACCCAACUGUGAGAAUCUUCAAUGAUCUGUCAGCAGCCACCCUACGCCAGCGAAAAGAUUUCUCCUACAUCCUGGAAGCCAUACGAGCACACGGCCUGCGGAACAGAUGGGACUUUUCCACAAAACUUCUGAUCACCAAAGAUGGCGGCAUUAUAACCAUACUUACGCCUGAAGAUGACCUGCAAAAAUCGAAAGCAUGGGGAAUCCCGCCGCCACCCAUAGAACGAGAGAUCCAGAUGGGGGGGAAACUCAGCAAAGGACCGCAGCCUCGAAAAAACAAGAACAUCCGAAGGACUCUUGAGGGCUUAAGCAAGUAUUCUGAACAUAUACAUGACCAAAUGUGUUGA